UGUCAAGCGUCGCUAUUCGAAUGCCCCGUCGAGAUCACCCGCAUUGCAGCGGGAAGCUGUCAAAAUCUCCACUAGGAGGUUGGUCGGUGCACUUCUCCGCGAUUGGGCGUGGGAUUCUCCGGGUUCUUCCUUCCAAGGUUCGGUUCGGCAAAGCACGCGACCGCGAACAUUCACCUGUUCAUUCGUGCUUCUGAGACCACCUCUCCGCCACUCGUCUACCGCAACUACGGGCUCUGCUGUGCCACCAAAGAACGUGUUCCUGGCACAUCUCGACCUUCUGCGCGCUUUUCGAUGCUCGAGUGCGUGACGAGACCCCUGUCGUGACACACAUGAACCUGCGCGUCUCCAAGAAAAGCACCCGGCUCUGACACCGACCCACUACCCACACUUGAUGUCGGAAGCUGCACGACGAUCAAAUGGAGCUUCGCCAGUCAAAAUGACCGAACCACCAGAAGCCGACAAGGACAAAGUCGCUGCAGAAAACAACGCGCCCAAGACCCAUUCACCCUCCAAGAGCAAGCCCGAUGCGACCAAUCCGGAGGCGUCCGCAAAACAGCCAAAAAAGCGUAGAAAAGUAAAUCAUGCAUGCAUCUACUGCAGACGUUCGCACAUGACCUGUGACCUCGAGCGACCAUGCACACGCUGUGUCAAGCGGAAUAUUGGACACCUAUGUCACGAUGAGCCGCGUGAGGGUGUUAAAAAGUCCAAGUCCGAGCCAGAGAAUGGCGAUGGACAGAUUCAGCCCACUCAGGUCGAACCAACUCCCUCCGAUGCCGCAUCGACAGCCGCUCCUCCAGUUCCGGAUGCAGCGCUAAACCUGGCGCCUCACCCAGUACCUCCUAGUAGGGAUGCCAGCACUACGUCAGGUACCCAGCCUGACCCCGUAUCCGCGCCACAAUUACCUGCCCUGACAGCUGGUAGUCAGCCUUUCUUGGGCUACGAUGGUUUGCUCUCCUCAUCUCAGAACAACCUUCAGGACAUGCAGUUCCACCCCUCAUAUAUGUUCAAUACCUCCGAAGUCAGUAAUGAGUAUAACCUCCUCAACGACUUCCUCAACAACAGCCUCAUGGAUGACGGUGCGUUCUACGGAGGCAAUGACUUCCACAGCCUCUUCUCCGAUGCCUCACUCAUGAAUCAGAUGGGCUCGUUGAACAACAACUCUGCCUUUACCUCGAACGCGUCAAGACCGCAUCAACUACUCCCACCACCCGCGCAAAGUGUUGCUGGUAAUGCUGCAUCACGACAAGCAGGCGGAGUCCCUACCGAUAAGGCUAGAGAGAGGUACCUUGUCACGGCCGCCGACCCUGCUGGAUCAGACAGCCCUGAAGAGCGCAUGAACAAGCUGCUCAAGGCCAAGGUCGAUGCAGGACUGCUGAAGCCCUUCAAUUACGUCAAGGGUUAUGCACGGCUAAACCAGUACAUGGAGCAGAACUUGCAGCAGGCAUCUCGCAUUCGAGUACUGCGCCAACUGGAUCGCUUCCGACCUAAGUUCCGAGAGCGGAUGCAGAGCCUGACCGAUGUGGACCUGGUACGCAUCGAGAUGUGGUUUGACAAGAGCUUGAUGGAGUAUGACCGCGUCUUCGCAAGCAUGGCUAUACCUGCAUGUUGCUGGAGAAGAACAGGCGAGAUAUAUCGUGGCAACAAAGAGAUGGCGCGGCUCAUCCACGUACCGAUGUCAAAGUUGCGAGAUGGUAAUAUCGCUCUGCACGAGAUCAUCGCCGAGCCAUCACUCGUUUCGUACUGGGAGAAAUUCGGCGCCAUCGCAUUCGACCAUACUCAAAAAGCCAUCCUGACGAGCUGCUCCUUGAAGAACCCCGACCCGCACUCUAAGGAUCCUGAGAUACGUUGCUGCUUUUCUUUCACCGUCAAGCGCGAUGCUUGGAACAUACCAGCGUUGAUCGUGGGCAACUUCCUUCCUAUCACCGAGGCUACAUCAGGGCCGCUACCGGCGUCUUGAGGCCGUCGAAGGCGCACCACGAAUCACAACAAUGACUUCAUCAAUCGUCUACGAGUUCAAGAAUUCAAAGAAAAGCGAGCGCAUUAUCUUCAACGGCACCGAUUUGAGCGUUUCCGAGCUCAAAAAGGAGAGGGCCUUGCGGAAACCUCGUUCCGAACAAGUGUUUUUGUAAAAUUUUGCUGUACAAUGGGUUGGGAAUAGGGUAAUACCUGACUUGGAUGUCUUGAUGCAUCGGCCAGAAAGAGUGCGCACAUCUCUCGGGAGGGUAAUUGCAAGUGUGGCGAUAUCCACAGGUUUACUUCAACAUGUGCAUCCUUUUGCCUGCCUUCAUAUUUUCAUUCAUUUGUUCUUCCGCCUUG